GUGGUGCCGGAAAACCACAGCAGCAGCAGCAGCAGGGGGAGGAGGACCGUACGUCGGCUAACGCCGCCGCCGCCGCCGCCGCCGGGGUGAUGCCGGGAGCAGGGGGAUCAACGUCGAGCACAAGAGCCGAAGGCAAAUGCAACAGCUUCGGGAGUUUUGUUCAUGGGCGGCUGGGGCGGCAUGCUUCGUCGUCCGCGGGGUCUUCGUCGCCUCCUUCAGAAGUGAGCGCUAAUGAGGAAGGAGCUGGAGCGGGUGCCAUCGCGGCUCCAUCAACACCAUUGACACCAUCACCGCCAACGCCGCCCCCGGAGCACGACGGCCUGAUACGCAUGUGGGACCUGUACGACGCGGUUGUGCGCGGGCUCGCGGACCCGGGGCUCCGGUGGAUGGUGCUGUGGCGGCCUAGCACCGUCCCUGCCUCGCAGCCAUUAUCGGACUGGACUGUUCCCGACGGCGGCCGUCCUGCGAUGGAGAAUAGCGGUGGGGCAUCUUACAAUCCGACGGGUGCAGAACAAGCUGGAUACCAGAACGAGGGCAGAGACGUCGAAGCAGACGAGCACAAGCGCAACCUCGCGGCAUGGCAACUCCCCCCGCCGCCACCGCUAUCACCGCUAUCACGCUCCUCGGCGGCGGGCCUCUUCGCCACGAUGGCGACGCCAGCGGCAGAGACAAACAUCUGGGACCCCAACACCAUCCACAAUCUCGUCGACGACCAGCAGCUUCUCAGCGGAGCCGCCGUCUCUAGGGAGGACCUGCUCGGCGGGUGCACGGCCGAGCUGAUGAAGCGUGGCGCGGAGCUCAUUGUCGUCCGGCGGCGGGACAUCAACGAGAACGCGUUCCUGGGGUGGUCCCAGUUUCGGCACUUCCAGGGGCGGUAUGUGAAUCCUCAUUGGCUAGCUGUUGGUGGUGCUGGUGCUGGUGGAGGUGGUAGUUCGGCUGGUGGUCUAGGAGCUGGGGAUGCGAACGGAACCGGCGUGGUUGGUAGUGGUAGGACGAUGAUGAUGAGUAGUAGUCUCGAGCGGAUUGGUGGUGAUGGGAGGGUUGUUAUUACGGGGCAGCCCACGAGGAGUCAUCGCCGGGAGCUGUAAUUGUUUGCUUUCUUGUUGGCCCUGGUCGAUGCAGCAGCCAGAAGUCUGUAAGGGCUGUAGGAUGUGGUAUACAGCCUACGUAUGGGACGUAUGAGAGGGAAAGCGAGUAGCCGGGGUCAAUAUGAGCAUUCUGGGAAUUUGUCAGUUUCUUAUCUUUUGUUUUUUCCAAACAUCAAGGUCAUGGCUCUCGCAGCCAACUAUAAUAGUCAGUUCUAGGGAGCACAGCAUAAUAAAGCACUAAUCACUUGCAACAUUGAGGACAUCGGUGUUCACUUUAUCAUCCUUUUCAUUUAAUACUACCAAAAAACUAUCAAUCCCC